CCCUUCCCUCUCACCAUUUCCACACCACCUCCAAGAACAAAGCACUCCUUAGCUCUCUUUCGUCCCUCUCAUUCAUAACACACAGCAAGAAGAACACCAGCCCAGCCCGGCUGUGGGUGCAACCAAGACUGCAAGCAGUGAGCUAGCAGCUCUACCGCCGCCAUGAGGCCAGGAGCAGAGUUCCCGACCAUGAGCCACGGCGCGCCCAUGGCGGCUGCAGGGGCGAAGGCGAACGCGACGGCGCCUCACUCCCAGUGGCAGUCGCCGGUGCCGUACCUGUUCGGCGGGCUGGCGGCGAUGCUGGGGCUCAUAGCCUUCGCGCUGCUCAUCCUGGCCUGCUCCUACUGGAAGCUGUCGGGGUACCUCGACGCCGACCGCGACCGGCGGGCCGGGUCGUCCGGGGAAGGUGGCGGCGCCGACGGGGAGAAGGGGUCAGCGGCCGGCGCGGCCAGGCCGGCGGCGGGGUUUCAGGAGCACGUGGUUGUCAUCAUGGCCGGCGAGGAAAGGCCGACCUUCUUGGCCACACCGGCGGCCAGCCGAGCCGUCGUGGAGCUCGGAGCCGUGCCAGCCGCACCGGGCUCAUCCGGCUCUGGCGAGGACGAGGAGAAGAAGGCGCACCACAUGGACGACGGCGACUGUGAGCAGGGAGUGCCCCGGCUCGGAGCCGACGCCAGCGCAGACGCCGUGAGUCGGAGCAGUGAAAGCAGCAGCAGCAGCAGCAGCGCGACGGCGCUGGCUGAGUGAUCGCUCGUUUUUUGCCUUCCCAUUUCUCCUUUUGCUGCAGUGAUGUGUUAGAUUUAGCUGUAGUUGUAGAUUCUUGACGUGAUUGGUUGAGACUGGGGGGUGAAAAUUAAUGGAAAAAAGAAACUUGAAUGCGAGUUUUCCUAAAACUUUGCUAGUUGCUGCAGUCUGCAAUCUGUUUAUGGAAAAAAGAAGAUUGCAGCAACUUUCUGCUUCAAAUUCA